AUGGAUCGAAAGGAUGGUGGAGACAGAUCAGGCGUCGGAAGACGGAAAGCGCAGGGCACAUGGUUCCAGGGCGUCACGCCGCAACCUAGCUUCCAAGUGUACUUGGUCGUUUGCCAUGGUAGUUCUAGAUCGUCAUCAGAGAGGGCGGAGUCUAACAUCAUCACCCAAUAA